GGAGGAAGCCGGCAGACGUCGCCAACCUGGGGCAGAGGGGCCAGGCGCUUCCGCGGGGAACUUCGCGCAUGUGAAAAUUGUGCCUAUCUUUUCAGGUCUGUGAACGUGAGUUUCACCUUGGAGUUAGAGGCAACGUUUCUGACACUGUUAAAAGGUAAACAAGUAUUUUGGCUGUUGAUCCUGUUGAUGCCACUCUUCCCUGCUCUUGCUGCUUCCCUGUUGACUGAAGUUGUUCAAACUCAAGUCUGUUGCCAGAAGAGCAGCACCAUCCUCGACAGCACAUUUCUGCACCUCCCUUUGUGGUCCUGACGAGCUUCUUCUGGUGUCAGUAACAGACUGUUUACCAUGAGCGAUUCUGCUUCAGCUACAGACAAUGAGAAGAAAAAAGUCAAAGGAGGCAAAUUGUCACGUUUCCCUUCACGUGUUCUUCAUAUUCGUCAAAUUCCAAGUGGUGCUACUGGAUCAGAAGUCAUUGCAUUAGGCCUCCCUUUUGGCAAAGUAACCAAUUUCUUGAUGCUAAAAGGAAAAGGUCAGGCGUUUUUGGAAAUGGCUUCUAUAGAAGCUGCUGUUUCUGUGGUGAACUACUAUAGUCUUUCCAUACCUCACCUCCACAGUCAACCAGUUUAUAUUCAGUAUUCCAAUUACAAAGAACUUAAGACUGAAAAUCAACAUAAUCAGGCUAGACCCCAGGCUGCACUGCAGGGUGUGAAUACUGUGCAGCAUGGAAGUGUGGCUAUUGCAGGUGCUCUUGGUGGUGAAGGUGGACUCCUUCCAGGUCAAGGUUCUGUUCUUCGAAUCGUUGUUGAAAAUGCUUUUUACACUAUCACUUUAGAAAUGCUGUAUCAGAUUUUCUCUAAAUUUGGAUAUGUCUUGAAGAUUAUCAUGUUCAUUAAGAACAAUCAAUUCCAAGCUUUGCUCCAAUAUGCUGAUGGAAUGAACGCAUAUUAUGCCAAAAUGUCUUUGGAUGGCCAAAGUAUCUACCCUGGGUGCUGCACUCUGCGCGUUGGUUUCUCCAAGUUAACUAGCCUAAAGGUAAAGUACAACAAUGACAAAAGCAGAGAUUUCACUCGCGCUGAUCUUCCUUUUGGUGAUGGCCAGCGAUCUCCGGACACAUCCUUAACUGCUUCUGCCUUUGCCACUCAAAAUACGAUAUUGGUACCAUAUACAGGAGCUACUGGAUUUGCCCAACCCUUGGGCUUUCCUCAAGGUGCUGGUGUUUCAGUUCCAGCUGUUCCUGGACUGUUUGGUUCUCUCACAGUUGCCCCGUCAGCAGUGCCUGGACAGAUUCCUGCUAUUACUGGUAUUCCAGGAAAUUCUGUUUUACUAGUCAGCAAUCUCAACCCUGAAGCCAUCACACCAUAUGGACUUUUCAUCCUGUUUGGUGUGUACGGUAAUGUACAUCGUGUGAAGAUCAUGUUUAAGAAAAGAGGAAUUGCUUUGGUCCAGAUGGCAGAUGCAACCCAGGCUCAAUUAGCUAUCAACCACUUGAAUGGACAGAGGCUUUAUGGAAGGGUCAUGCGUACUACUCUUUCAAAAUAUCAGACAAUUCAACUUCCUCGUGAAGGGCAAGAGGACAAAGGUCUGACCAAGGACUAUAGCAAUAGCCCUUUACAUCGCUUUAAGAACCCUGGCUCUAGGAACUGCCAAAAUAUCUUUCCUCCGUCUGCUACUCUGCAUCUCUCCAACAUCCCGCCUUCUGUUACUGUUGAUGAUUUGAAGAACCUUUUUGCAAGUAAAGGAUCUACUGUGAAGGGCUUCAAAUUUUUCCAGUAAUAGAAACAGGUACCUGGAGCAGUCCUAAAAAAAUUAAAUAGUUGAAGAUCUAAAUGAAGAAAGCUUUUACCUUGGCAGACUAAUGUCCUCACUGUAAGCAGUUUCUCGGGUCUCAGAAACUCUACAAUAUUUGUGAGUGGGAAGCUACCAUGCAUAAACUUCAUUCUAAGUACUUUCCAAUUAAUUUUGAACGCGUUACACACUUUCUGCAAAAGUUCACCCUAGAACUGCAGCAACACAAGACAAAGGUUGUUAACCAAGCAGAUUCUUGCAUCGGAAUGUCAAUUCACUAUCUGACCAAAGACUGUUCUAGUUGUACUGAGACAUGUGAAAAACUUGUUUUAUCUCAUAGUCCUUUCUGAUGGAAAGACCCAAUACCAAGUGGACUUUGUUUGAGAUUUCUGUUGGUGAUUGAAACAAUGGAAAAUGAGAUUGUAAUGUGAACCAAAUGGUGUGAGAUAAGGCAAAAGGUUAAUGGACUACUUUUAGUACUGUAUUCAAGACACAGAAAACAUGUCUAAGAAUUGCUGUCAUUCCCUCAUUUUACAUGAUCUGUUCAUAAGUGUUCCCUUUCAGUUUAUAAAAAUGUUUAUGUAACACAAGAAAAUACUGUAAAUAUUUGCAACAUCAUGGUUUUUGAGUUUGUUUUUGUUUUUUUAACCUGGCAAAAAAGUGUUCGGGGGAACAAAUGGAAAUGUAAAAUGUUUUUUUAUAAAAAAGAUUGUCUGUAUAUUUUAAUAAGCAACAGCUUUCAUUUGUAAAGUAUCUUAUGGCAUUGCCUGAAAAGAAUUCCAUGUCUGUUGAGAUGACUUAAAAAUGAAAGAAGAUAUAAGAUGUAUUAAAGAAACCUAUUUUGGGACUAUGUAGUGCAUGGUGAAUUUGAUUAUGCUGUAAUAUAUUCUGUUUGUUUAGGUUAGCGUGUUUUCUGAUAAUUUAGUAGCUAUACCUAUCUCUUUUCCUAACUAGUUGUUAUAGCAUGUCUUUUAAUAAAUGUCAUUACAGUUGUACUCUCUUAA